UGUUAAAAUUUUUAUUGUCUGAUUAUAUAUAUUAUUUUUGGAGAAUAAAGAAGUAAGAGAUAUAUAUUUUUUUACCAAUAGCUGUACAAACGAAGUGACUUUCUGGUUUAAUACACAUUACAUAUCUGAAGACAUAAUGCCAAUGAACGAGGCUGUUAGAGUUUUGGUGGUAGGAGACCCGGGGGUAGGUAAAACAUCACUGAUAUUAGCACUAGUAAGUGAAGAAUUUCCAGUGGAAGUACCCCGCAAAGCUGAGGAAAUUGUUAUUCCACUAGGGGUGGGUCAAGCAGCAGUACCCACAAAUAUUUUGGAUUAUUCCUGUACUGAGAUGAGUGAGGAGCAGCUAUCUUUAGAGAUUAAAAAAGCUCAUGUUAUUUGCAUCGUGUAUGCAAUGAAUCAACGUGAAUCUCUGGCAAGAAUAGAAAAUUAUUGGUUGAAUUUGUUACGAAGCUCAAGUCAAGAAAAUGGAUCUUAUAAACCGGUUGUCCUUGCAGGCAAUAAAUCUGACCUAGUGGAGUAUUCAACAAUUGAUAAUGUUACGCAGAUAAUGGAGUCCUUUCCGGAAGUCGAAAGUAUUGUUGAAUGUUCAGCGAAGACGUUACAAAAUGUCAUAGAAAUAUUUUAUUUUGCCCAAAAGGCGGUUUUGAAUCCAACAUCUCCACUAUAUAUAAUGGAUCAACAGGAUCUGACGCCAGAAUGUAAAAGGGCUUUGUGGCGAAUUUUCAAGAUCUGUGACAUUGAUGGUGACAACUACUUAAAUGAUUACGAAAUCAAUCUCUUCCAAGAACAAUGCUUUGGCAUUCCUUUACAACCAAACAUCUUAACCGAUGUUAAGGCAAUUAUUAAACAACAUCUGCCAGACGGGAUCUAUAAAGAAUCUAUUACUUUUAGAGGAUUCUUACUUUUACAUUGCUUGUUCAUACAACGUGGGCGAAGUGAAACAACUUGGGCUUGUCUAAGAAGCUACGGCUACAAUGAUCAUUUGGACAUAUGUCCUGAAUAUUUGCGUCCUUCAAUAAAAAUUCCUACUGGUUGUACUACAGAACUAUCUUCAAGUGGUAAAAAUUUUCUUAUUUCAUUGUUUGAAAAAUAUGACCGAGAUUCUGAUGGGGCAUUGUCAGCGAAAGAUCAUAAAAUGUUAUUCAGUAUAUGUCCAGAUCCCGCUUGGUCCUAUUUGGCUGACAUAAAAAAAUGCUGUCCUACAAAUGAGGCUGGAUUGAUAACACUGGAGGGGUGGCUUUUACGCUGGAUUUUAAUGACCUAUUUAGAAGUUCCAAGAACAUUGGAAUAUCUUUUUUAUUUAGGUUUCAAUGCCUAUGAAGACGGUACUCAGCUGAACGCUAUACAAGUGACAAGAGAAAAAAGACUUGAUUUAUCCACACAGCAGACUAGUCGUUCAGUUUAUAUGUGCCAUGUUAUUGGAUCUAAGGGAGUAGGAAAAACAAGUUUUUGUCGAGCGUUUAUAGUAGAUGAUAUGAAUAAACUAAUUGAUAAAGACUUUAACACUAAUAUAGAACAUUGCAUUAACUCAGCUAAGCUCGAAGGAAACGAUGAGAAACAAUUAAUCUUACGCGAGAUAAUCAAUGUAGCUCUGGAUCCAUUACAACCUGAAGAGGUAAAAUGUGACGUUGUUUGUUUGAUCUACGAUAUUUCACAUCCACAAUCUUUUGAGAGCAUAGCACGCAUUUAUCUUAAAUAUUAUAUUAAAAGUAAAAUUCCGGUCUUAAUUGUGAGCACGAAGUCUGAUAAAGCAAAAUGCCGACAGGAUUACAUACAACAACCAGAAGAAUUCUGUAAGAAAAACAAUAUAUUGCCAGUUUAUCGGUUCAGCCUCAGGAACAAUAACAAAGAAGUAUAUAUUAAGUUAGCAAAAAUGGCAGCAUAUCC